AUGGACUGCUUUUCUGCCUCCUGCAGCAGUCUUCUGCCUCCUGCAGUAGUCUUCUCCCUCCUGCAGCAGUCUUCACCCUGCUGCAGCAGUCUUCUCCCUCCUGCAGCAGUCCUCUCCCUCCUGCAGCAGUCUUCUGCCUCCUGCAGCAGUCUUCUGCCUCCUGCAGCAGUCUUCUCCCUCCUGCAGCUGUCUUCUGCCUCCUGCAGCAGUCUUCUCCCUCCUGCAGCUGUCUUCUGCCUCCUGCAGCUGUCUUCUGCCUCCUGCAGCAGUCCUCUCCCUCCUGCAGCAGUCCUCUCCCUCCUGCAGCAGUCUUCUGCCUCCUGCAGCAGUCUUCUCCCUCCUGCAGCAGUCUUCACCCUGCUGCAGCAGUCUUCUCCCUCCUGCAGCAGUCCUCUCCCUCCUGCAGCAGUCUUCUGCCUCCUGCAGCUGUCUUCUGCCUCCUGCAGCAGUCCUCGCCCUCCUGCAGCAGUCCUCUCCCUCCUGCAGCAGUCUUCUGCCUCCUGCAGCUGUCUUCUGCCUCCUGCAGCAGUCCUCUCCCUCCUGCAGCAGUCCUUUCCCUCCUGCAGCAGUCUUCUGCCUCCUGCAGUAGUCUUCUCCCUCCUGCAGCUGUCUUCUGCCUCCUGCAGCUGUCUUCUGCCUCCUGCAGCAGUCCUCUCCCUCCUGCAGCAGUCCUCUCCCCUCCUGCAGCAGUCCUCUCCCUCCUGCAGCAGUCCUCUCCCCUCCUGCAGCAGUCCUCUCCCUCCUGUAGCAGUCCUCUCCCUCCUGCAGCAGUUUUCUCCCUCCUGCAACAGUUUUCUCCCUCCUGCAGCAGUCCUCUCCCUCCUGCAGCAGUCCUCUCCCUCCUGCAGCAGUCCUCUCCCUCCUGCAGCAGUCUUCUCCCUCCUGCAGCAGUCCUCUCCCUCCUGCAGCAGUCCUCACCCUCCUGCAGCAGUCCUCUCCCUCCUGCAGCAGUCCUCUCCCUCCUGCAGCAGUCCUCUCCCUCCUGCAGCAGUCCUCUCCCUCCUGCAGCAGUCCUCUCCCUCCUGCAGCAGUCCUCUCCCUCCUGCAGCAGUCCUCUCCCUCCUGCAGCAGUCCUCUCCCUCCUGCAGCAGUCCUCUCCCUCCUGCAGCAGUCCUCUCCCUCCUGCAGCAGUGUUCACCCUCCUGUAGAGGUGUUCGCUCUCCUGAGCUUCAAUAG